CGAGCCCCAGCAGCAGGGAGUGGAUGUUGCCGUCUGUUGCCAGAAGUUUGCAAGUCUUCCAAGGAAGGAAGAAGAAAAAAAAAAAAAUGCCUUCGCUGGGGGCGUCUGCGUAGUCCGAGGAAACGUUUGUUCGUAUUUGUAUUUAUUUGCUGAUUUUUACCUUCUGCACGCCAGCAAGACAUCGUUUCAAGUGGUUGUAAAUCUUCAGGAACUUCGUAAAGCUCCUUGUGGUACUGCUACUCAUUAACCAUAACGUGUACCUCUGGCAAGUUAAGAAAUAACACUCAGUUUGAUUGAUGGAGGACUUCCCACAUCAGUGUGGAGAUUGGAUGCAAUAGGCUGUAUAUUUACUCUGUAAGAUGGGUGGGCCAUGACAGAAGCUGUUGGAAGGCAGAGAAACAAGGAGUUAUUCCAAGGAGCUGUCAUUGCAAAAUGAGGUGUCUCGCUGGACAUCUGGCAGGGGAGUGAGAAGCUCUGUCUGCCAAGAAAGCCUUCAGGAAGGUUUUGUUCCUUAGGUAUUCUGACUGCAUUUAUAAAUGAGAAGACUUGUGACCAGCUAAGAGAGUUUGCUGCAAGGAAUGGAAUUAGCUCAUAGCCUGCUGCUCAAUGAAGAAGCAUUCAAUCAACUAGGCGAAGUUCAGAAGGCUGAGUUUAUUUUUGAGUGGCUGAGACACUUGGAGAAGCUUUUGCUAGCAACCAGCAGGAACGAUGUAAGGGAGAAGCAGAAGACUCUUGUUGAACAGCUCUUAUCAUUACUGAACAGCUCCCCGGGGCCUCCCACUCGAAAACUCCUUGCUCAGAAUCUAGCCAUACUUUAUAGUAUUGGAGACACAUUUUCUGUUUAUGAGACAAUCGAUAAAUGUAAUGAUCUUAUUCGUAGCAAAGAUGACUCUCCAAGUUACCUUCCCACCAAACUUGCUGCUGUGGUGUGUUUGGGUUCCUUGUACAAGAAGUUGGGUAGAAUACUGGCUAAUGCCUUUACUGAUACAGUGGGCAAUAUUCUUAAAGCUAUGAAGAGUGCAGAGGUAAGUGCAACUGAAGAAUACCAUGAGAACAUCCUGUGUGAUUGUGCUUUCUGGAGUUAGUAAAAGGUUGACAUU